CUAAAGUACAGACCUAUAUUAUUAUAUAUAUAGGAUCUGAUAACUCCCCAUAAGAGAUCAUGUUCUGGUGAAUUUUGCAUUGGCCAAUGAAAUCAUAACUUCCUUUUGCUUGUCUGGUAUUUCGGAAGUCAUUCCAUUUUCAUACGUAUGAGAUGAUACCCGAUGAGUUCCGAUAAGCAAAUAACACAAUUAAAAAUGGCGUCGAUAAGUGCCACGCCGAGGAAAACAUGUCUUUUGUCGGAUGCGUGUAUCCUCUGUGGGUUUUGUUUUAAACAAAUUGAGAAAGCAAGUGACGGUAGUGAAAAAAUCCAAAAGUUUAGCGAAAUUAAACUGCGUUUAAAUGAAGAAAGGUGGGGGAAUAUCAGGAAACUGACGGGUGUGUUGACAGAUUUGGAUGAAAAAGGCCUUGGAGGGGUUUGCAAAAAAUGUUAUCGACAGGUUGAAUCUGUUUUAAAAAUUGAAGCCAAAAAUGCAGUUGUUAAAGAACGUUUUCGUGAAAUGGCAGUGCGAACUUUGAAAACAAAAAUGUUACAACUGCCGUCUCCCCGAAGAACAUCAAUAACGAAAAGAAUGCUCCGGAGCCCGGAUACACAUGUGCCCUCUACGAAGAAGAAAUCUUUCGACGUAUCUGUUGUGAAGCUUGUACAACUGACGCCCUUUAAAGAUCUGACGAAUACAAGAACGGAUUCAUCGAAAGCAGGGCUGUCUAUGCCUGUACAUACUGCAUGUAUCCCUAUUGCACCACAGGAGAAACAAGUUGAUUAUGCUUCAAUUCAGAUUUUGGAUUUUCUAUAAAUCUCAACUAUGAUAAAAGAUUAGUAUUUACUAUCCAAGUGGUCGCAAAAGUAGGUUCAUCACCGAUGAAAAGGAGAAGAAGGUCUGCAAAAUUGUUUUUAGGGGAAAAGACAUAGGCAGUGGAUUGAGGGACUUUUUAAAGACAAGUCAUCCAGA